GGGGGAUGCUGUCACGCUGUGGCAUCUGGAUAACCCAACCCUGACUUUUCCUUCUCGGAUUCAAUUACAAUUAAUUGUACUUAUGACUUGUUCUUAAUGACCCUCUUCUUAUUCUGAUCCUUCUUCUCUCCUCUUAUUCUGUCUCUUCCUACGCUGCGCCCUGCCACCGCGAACAUGGCGCGUCUGGGCCGCGUAGGGUUUCUUACCCUCGCGGUGGUAUUCCACCUCAUAUACGCCUAUUCGAUCUUUGACAUUUACUUCGUCAGUCCCAUUGUUAGUGGGAUGAAGUCCUUCCAUGUGGAGCGAAAACCAGAUGCCCCUGCUCCUGCCCAGCGACUUGUGCUGUUUGUGGCCGACGGCUUGCGCGCCGAUAAGGCUUUCCAAGCAUUACCCGACCCCGAUGAGACCACAGAUGACGACGAUGAUCCGAUCUACCUGGCACCAUUCAUUCGAUCUCGCGUAUUAUCCCAUGGGACCUUUGGAAUCUCCCAUACCCGUGUUCCGACCGAAUCCCGACCUGGCCACGUUGCCCUGAUUGCGGGGCUGUACGAGGACGUUUCGGCGGUGACCACCGGCUGGAAGUUGAACCCUGUGAAUUUCGACAGUGUUUUCAACCGGAGCCGGCAUACAUGGAGCUGGGGCAGUCCGGACAUUCUACCUAUGUUCAAGGAAGGUGCAGUUCCGGGCAGAGUGGAUGCAGACACAUACGGCGAAGAGGCGGAGGACUUUACUUCAGAUGCGACAAAGCUUGACAUCUGGGUCUUCGACAGGGUCAAGGAGCUUUUCCAGGCCGCAAAGCAUGAUUCUGAAUUAGAUGGAAAGCUGCGCAACGAUAAGGUGGUGUUCUUUCUGCAUCUCCUCGGGCUCGAUACCACUGGCCACGGCUUUCGUCCGUACUCGAAGGAAUACCUGCGCAACAUCAAAGUAGUAGACAAGGGGGUACAAGAAGUCACUCAAUUAAUAGAGGACUUCUAUGGAGAUGACCAGACUGCAUUUGUCUUCACCGCGGAUCAUGGCAUGAGCGAUUGGGGCAGUCAUGGUGACGGCCACCCGGAUAACACUCGGACGCCUCUAGUCGUAUGGGGGUCCGGCGUCGCAGAGCCAAAGAUUCCGCUGGAGGGUGCAUUGUCAGGACAUGAGGAUGGUGUGUCGCACGAUUGGGGCUUGCAUGGUGUGCAGCGGAACGAUGUUGCUCAGGCUGAUGUCGCGGCGCUCAUGGCAUACCUGGUUGGGCUUGACUUCCCAACCAACUCCGUGGGCCAGUUGCCUCUCGCUUACCUCAACGCCAGCCCGGAGGAGAAGGCCCGUGCUGCGCUCGCUAAUACCCAGGAGGUCUUGGAGAUGUAUAACGUAAAGGAAGAACAAAAACAGGCUGCUUUGUUGCGAUUCAAGCCCUACGAGCCACUUGAUAAUCACAGCGAGACUAUUGAAGAGAUUCAGAGACUGAUUGCGAGUGGUGCCUAUGAGAGCUCGAUUGAGCUAUCAUCCGCGCUUUUUGCCAACGCCCUGGAGGGUCUGCGCUAUCUUCAAACUUAUGAUUGGCUGUUCCUUAGGACUAUUGUGACUUUUGGGUAUCUGGGCUGGAUCGCCUACGCUUUGACAACGGUCAUUGACCUGCACAUUUUGCACGGAACUUCUGACGCGAGAAGAAGUGCUUUCAGUACCAUGUUCUUCUCUUCUGUAUUAGUGGCGCUAUUCUCGGUGUUCUUCUACCAGAAGUCCUCAUGGCGCUACUAUUUCUACGGCUUCUUCCCCGUUUUUUUCUGGGAGGAGGUUUUCGCACGCCGAAAGGCUCUUUCCGCUGGACGUGAAAUUCUUCUCGGUCAUGUACAAUCUGCAAGCGGUUAUGCCGCGUUCGGGAUCCAACUGCUGGUGUUCAUUGGGGUUUUAGAGGCAUUGGUCCAAUCCUACUUCCAACGAGAGAUUUACACCAUCUGCUUCAUACUAGGCGCCUUUUGGCCGUUGGCUUACGGCUUGCGCUUCCUGAAAAGGCACCCGUUGCUGUCCGCUUCAUGGACUCUGGGGUGUCUUCUCAUGAGCACUUUCACUCUGCUACCCGCAAACAAGGUUGAGGACAUCGCCACAAUAACGUACGGUGGCUCCCUGAUGUUCUUCACUGGUCUACUCUACUUGCUUUUCGAGGAUGCGAUCUUGGCCUAUGAUCAAGGUGCAGAAACGCAGCAGACCAGUCGCUCUACCUGGGGCUCGCGCACUAUAUUAGGGAUGCAGCUUGGGAAAGUCUUGCUUGCCAUUAUAGUCACCAGAUCCAGCGCAGCGUCUCUACAAGCUAAACAAGGCCUUCCGUUUGGUAACCAAGUCGUGGGCUGGGUUGUCCUUGUUGCAUCACUUCUGCUUCCUUUCGCCCACCGACUCGCGCCCAACAGCCACUACAUGCAUCGGUUAAUGGUCAUAUUUCUGACCUUUGCUCCGACGUUCAUCAUCCUAACAAUCUCGUACGAAGGUCUCUUUUACUUCGUGUUCUGCCUGACCAUCAUGACCUGGGUGCGGCUGGAGCAUGCAAUUUACACAUAUACUUCGGCUCUUAAGAAGGCCAUUGAAACGCCUAGCACGGAUGCAACCACCGUGGUUGAAGGCCACGCGUAUCGCUACCGGACUUUAAGCGUGUCCGACGCUCGCGUGGCCCUUUUCUUCUUCUUUCUCCUCCAAUCGGGGUUCUUCAGCACGGGAAACAUCGCAUCCGUCUCUUCAUUUUCACUGGAGAGCGUCAACCGGCUUAUUCCGAUUUUCAGCCCCUUCAGCCAGGGUGCGCUUCUGAUCCUCAAACUCCUUAUCCCAUUUGCAAUCAUUAGUGCAAAUCUCGGGAUUCUCAACCGCCGACUCGAGGUCGCCCCUAGUGCGUUGUUCAUGGUCGUGAUGUCUAUCUCGGACAUAAUGACGCUGAACUUCUUCUACAUGGUUCGUGACGAGGGCUCCUGGUUGGAUAUCGGCACGACGAUCAGUCAUUUUCUGAUCGCCAGCUUACUGUGUACAUUUGUGGCGGGAUUGGAGUUCCUCAGUGAGGUAUUUAUCAGCGGAGUUGACUUUGGACCCUGCACCAACCAGAUGGUCGCGUCUGUCGCCGAAGCCAUCAACGGCAAGGCACCAGGCAAGGCAACUAAGGAGUAGGCACACUGGUGUCCACCCUUGCUGUGUUCUGGCGCUGGGUCCCUUUUGGUAAAAGUAGAAAGUUGUAAUGUAGAAUUGUAUUGUAUAUGGUCAAUAUAAUCGGAAUGUAUAUC